UCUUCUGCAGAAUACCGCACAAUUGGAAAUCUGUUCGGAGUUGGUAAAAGCACUGUCUGCUCCAUUCUAAUGGAUUUCUGUCAUGAAGUCUGGCGAUGUUUGUGGCCUUUGUAUUUAAAGAAAUUCCCAAUGAACGAAAUUCAAUUGCGCGAGUAUAUAAAGGGUUUUGAGUCAUUGGGUUUCCCUCAAGUGUUAGGAGCUAUAGAUGGUUGUCAUAUAGAAGUGCGCCCAGCUGCAGAAGAUGCUGUUGACUACUACAAUUACAAAGGCUGGUAUUCCACAGUUCUUUUGGCUUUAGUAGAUGCAAGGUGUCGCUUUAUAUACAUCAACGUUGGUAGUCCAGGCCGUUGUAAUGACUCUUCAAUAUUUGAGUGUUCAUCUUUAAAAAAAGAGUUGGUACAAUCUACUAUAUUUAAAGACAUGAGUAGACAAAUAUCGUCAAUUAAUGUUCCAGUCGUUUUGUUGGGCGAUUCUGCGUUCAAAUUUGAUGAACAUUUGAUGAAACCGUACCCGUUUUGUGUAAACCAAUCAUUGGAUAAAAAAAAAUUCAACUAUGUACUCUCGAAAUGCCGAAGAGUGGUGGAGAAUGCUUUCGGUCAUUUAAAGGGAAGGUUUAGACGGGUUGGAAAAGGAUUGGAUAACCACAUAGCCAACACGAAAAUUGUCAUAAAAGCGUGCUGUGUUUUGCAUAACUUUUUAAAUGAGGAAAAUGAUGAAAUUAAUGAAAAGUGGAUUGCAGCACAACAAAUCGAAAAAGAAGCUCGGUAG